GGUUAGAUGUUAGAAGGCGCGGGGGUGGCUAAAGUGGCCCCGCCGCUAGGUACGGGUCCCGAUGCCGGUCCCCGUAUCGCAAACACCCACACUAACCUCCACCCUCGUGCCCAAGGAGGAAUCAAACAUGCCCUUCAUAGACGACGAGUUAUUUUGGUACUCUGACAAUGAUGGAAAGAUGGAUUUAACCCAGUGCCUUCAGCAGAGCAACACAGGCCAGUCGGUAGAGUUUUCUACGAUGGAGUUGAGUGCUCUGGUAGGAACGCCGACGGCAUCGAACGUGCCGGCGGAGGAAGGCGCGGGUAUGUCCGGUGUCACAGGGGAGGAACUUUUUGAUCCCCUGGACUUCCUACGGGAACUCGAGGCAGAGGCCAGUCAACCCACCUCCACCACAACGCCUUGCUCCUACAAGAGGCAGAGGCACAACAUCGCCGCCGCGAAUCCUCUAUUAGCAGAAAAAUUAGCAGCGCCUUCGACGCAAGCGUCUCCAACUUCCAUCCCUUACGCCUCAAGGGCGGAAAUCAAGACGGAGAACAUCCAACCUGAAACGAGUAAAGUGGACACCAGGGAAGUUCAGCCACACGACCCGAGCGAGAAGGAACAGCUAGGCCUCGCGAGCGUAAAAGUGGAGCCGGGGUCCACCAGCGCGACGACAACCAGUAGCACGGGAACCCGUCUGCUCCACGGCAUCCUCUCCCAGCAUCCCCAGCAGCAUGGCCUGGGGCUGCAAAACGGAUACAGCCGACACUUGGCCGGUCACCCACAGAUGGGCCAACCGCCUUACACCACUGCCGCUAUCGCUACGACGAGUACGCCAGCAGGAAGCGGAUCACUGCCAGCGAGCCCAGCGGACAGCGGAGUCAGCGACGUCGAGUCCAGCACGUCCUCCGGCGGCAACGAGGACGCGAAUCUCUUACUGAAAGCCAGGCUCAAUCCUAAUUCGUCCCUCCAGCCGAGUCUGGCGUCUCAUCACUCCCAUCUGUCGUCGGCAGCACUCGGCAGAUCGGCCUGCCACAGCCCCGGUGUGUACCCGGGGUCGACGGCAAGCUUCCUGUCGCCCACCUAUCAUCCUCAUCAGCAUCAUCCCUCCCAGUAUCAUCCACAUCGGGGGAGUUCGCCGCACCAUCAACACAGCAACCAUACCAUGGGUCCGACGAUGGGGCCGCCCCACCACCAUCAUCAUCAUCAAGCGCAGGGUCUCCAGCAUCACUUGCAUUACCGUCAGCCAUCCUCACUUUCCGACAGCUACAACAGUUACAUAAACAUGUACGGCGGGGGUGGGCAGUUUGCGACCCCCUGCACCCCGAGCCCGCCGCGGGGACCCGGCGGCGUGCCCACCAGCGUGAUCCAGGCGGCCACCAGCUCGGUCUCGGACGACCUCUACCUGCUCGAGCUCGGCUUCCCGUCGCGCUCGAAGAAGAGUAAGCUGAAGAAGCCGCGGCAGGGCGGCGAGGGCGGCGCCGCGGUGAAGCGGAAGUCGCGCGAGGGCUCGACCACGUACCUGUGGGAGUUCCUGCUCAAGCUGUUGCAGGACCACGAGUACUGCCCGCGCUACAUCAAAUGGACGAACCGCGAGCGGGGCAUCUUCAAGCUGGUCGACAGCAAAGCGGUCUCGCGGCUCUGGGGCAUACACAAGAACAAACCGGACAUGAACUACGAGACGAUGGGCAGGGCGCUGCGCUACUACUACCAGCGCGGUAUCCUGGCGAAGGUGGACGGCCAGCGGCUGGUCUACCAGUUCGUCGACGUGCCGAAGGACAUCGUCGAGAUCGAUUGUACGGGCGCAUGA